AUGGAACCUAUUACAUUCUCUCAACAUGAAGAAGAUUCUGGUCUUUCAGAUUGCGAGAGCGCUGUUUCAGCCACUGGAAUAGUGCCACAACAAGAAGGUUUCUUCGUUAGACUUGGAGAAGGUGAUGCACUUCACGAUCUUAUCAAGAGACGCUUUAUUUGUGGGCUGGGCCUGCUUGGGCACAAAACGGAAGUUGUUUCCGUUCACCGAAACACGUGUUCUGGUGUCGUUUCCCAGGCACGGCUUCAGUCGUUUCAGGUUCAUGCUAGGGCGGUGGCAAAACUGCGUGAAGGAAAUGCCAACGUGAAGUAUGCUUGGUAUGGAACUCGCGGCGAGGAGGAUGUAAACGACAUCGUUUCGCACGGGUUUGCUUAUACACACGGUCCUAAGCUUGUUCUUUCUCCCGAUGACGCUCCUCUCCAAAGUGUUAGAGAGUGUGUGGCUGGGAAAGACGGUGUGAGGCAUAUGCUACUGUGCCGCGUUAUUCUAGGGAGACCGGAGCUUGUUGACGGUGGCACAGAACAAUGGUACCCCAGUUCAGUUAAGUAUGACUCUGGUGUGGAUAGUUUUUCGGCUCCUACCAAGUACAUAAUUUGGAGUAACCGCAUGAACACUCAUGUCUUGCCUGCAUACGUUAUUAGCUUCAGGGUUCCUUCUUGCAAAGGGUGUGAGAAGAGUGAAGAAGAACCUUUGAGACCUACUUCCCCUUGGAUGCCAUUCCCAACUCUGAUUUCUGUGCUUUCAAAGGUUUUGGCUCCUCAUGAUAUUGUUCUCAUCUCCAAGUUGUACAAAGAAAAAAAAGAGAAGAAGAUCUCACGACGUGAACUUAUAGGAAGAGUGAGACAAAUAGCAGGGGAUAAGUUGCUAUUUGCAGUCAUCAAAUCUUACAGAGAAAAGGAUGGAUGUGUAAUAGUGUACAGCUAG